GCGCGAGGCGACGCGGAGCGAGCUGCGGAGAUUAGAGUUUUUGCGCUGCGCUCCCGGGGCGCAGGAAAAUCAGUGCGCCGUCACCUGCCAGGAGACCUCCCGCCGAGCCCGAGAAGAGAGACAGAGGCUGGCACGGUAACGGAGGACGGUUUACACCCAGACUGUAGAUCAGCGAGCCAACCACAGGAGCACCGAAGCGGCCGCCGCAUCGCUCCCCAGCCUCUCCUGUGGAAGAAAUCCGGUCCUGAGCAGGAAAAAGAGCGUUCAGAGAAGCCGGUGCUCAACAAGAAGCAGAGGAGGGUGAACGGAGGAGACGCUCUGAAUACAGCUCAGCAGAAUCAGAUGAAAACGGAGGAAUUAUUUCAACAUUUGGACUGAGUCAGGCUCCGUGGAUUCUUCUCUUAUCUUCUUUUUACUCUGUCUGCUUCUGUCGGAGAGCGAUUCAUUGAAACUGACAUUAAUCUUUUGAGUCACACUAAAGUCGGACUUUAACAUCUGCCUAAAAGAUGAAAGGCUGGGGGCUUUUUUGUCUUCGCGAGUGCUUUGACUGCCAAGUUUGAGAAGUACUGUGGGAAUCUAAGCGGAUUUUUUUUUCACUUUCAUAAUCCUUUUCAUAUUCUCUUGUGGUUAUCUGUUAUCUCAGUCUCUGUUUUGCUGAUAAGGUUUUGUUUCCAAUCAAACAAAAAAGAGGAGGGAGACUGUUACUCAAGUUUCUCAGCCUCAAACCUGAGUAGCAUUUGCAUUCCAGUUUGGCUUCACAAGUGGACAAAUCCUCCCUUGUGUGUCUGAUAGAGUGUGUGUUUGAGUAGUUCAGAGUCCCUCGGUAUAAGGGGACAAUUACCCACCCUGUCUGUCUCUUCUGGGAAAAAUGGGAUCAGAAAAGGACUCUGAGUCGCCUCACUCCUCGGUGAAUGGCGUUCCCAACCCUAAGUGCCGUGCGGCGGGCAAACGCCAGGGCCGCAUCUCCUUCAGCCUCUUCCACGGUAAACGGAGCUCUCGGGGAACCAGGGCCCCCAAAGGAGGAGCGGCCACCCCUUUAUCUCAUCAUCACCAACAUCACCACACGCAACAACAGCUGCUUCCUUCCGCCUUGAGUUCUGCAGCUGCUGCAGCUGCUGCUAACCCCACCACAACCACCACCGCCACAACCGCCACGACCCCCCAGGAUGCAGCCUCCGGCACCCCCUCAAAGCCACUCUCCUCCAGCCAGCCGUCUCUGGGCGGAGGCGCUUCCUCCGGGGAGGCCAAUCUUCUGGAGUGUCCCCUGUGCCUGGUGCGUCAGCCCGCUGACCAGCUCCCUGAGCUGCUGGGCUGCAGCCACCGAUCCUGCCUCUGCUGCCUGCGCCAGUACCUCCGCAUUGAAAUCACAGAGAGCCGAGUCCAGCUCAGCUGCCCCGAGUGUGCCGAGAGGCUGGCCCCGCGGCAGGUGGCCGACAUCUUGGAUGAUACGGCCCUGAUGGAGAAGUAUGAGGAAUUCCUACUGAGGAGGUGCCUCGCUUCUGAUCCGGAUUGCCGAUGGUGCCCGGCGCCCGACUGCGGGUUCGCCGUCAUCGCCUCGGGCUGUGCCAGCUGUCCCCGGCUGGUUUGUCGCAGAGAAGGCUGCGGCGCAGAGUUUUGCUACCACUGCAAACAGGCCUGGCACCCCAACCAGACCUGCGACUCGGCCCGCCAACAGAGGGCGCAAUCUCUGCACACCCACAGCAACCACUCGCCCAGCUACACGCAGGAGCAAGGACCCGCUGAUGACAUCAAGCCAUGCCCCCGCUGUGGCGCCUACAUCAUCAAGAUGAACGACGGGAGCUGCAAUCACAUGACCUGUGCCGUCUGCGGCUGCGAGUUCUGCUGGCUCUGCAUGAAGGAGAUCUCCGAUCUGCACUACCUCAGUCCAUCUGGCUGCACCUUCUGGGGCAAGAAGCCGUGGAGCAGGAAGAAGAAGAUUUUGUGGCAGUUGGGAACUCUGAUCGGAGCUCCGGUUGGCAUCACUCUCAUCGCAGGCAUCGCUGUUCCCGCCAUGGUCAUCGGCAUCCCGGUUUACGUCGGCCGCAAGAUCCACGCCCACUACGAGCUGAAGAAGACGUCUCGUCACCGAAGGAAUCUGGCCAUCACGGGGGGCGUGGCCCUGUCAAUCAUCACCGCUCCUGUCAUCGCAGCCGUCAGCGUGGGUAUCGGUGUGCCCAUCAUGUUGGCCUACGUGUACGGCGUCGUGCCCAUCUCUCUGUGCAGAGGAGGUGGUUGUGGUGUGAGCAGAGGAAAGGGGCGUGGUGUGCGGAUCGACUUUGAUGAGGAUGAUGGGCCAAUCACAGUGGCGGACGCCUGGCGAGCCCUCAAGUCUCCGAGCCUCGGUGAGAGCAGUCUGGAAGGGGCGGUCAGCGGUCUUAGCACCACCUCUCCCAGCGAGGGGCUCUCCGUGGCCCCAGGGACUCUGGGCGACACUCCACACUUUAACACCCUGGCCAGUGGCGCUCUGGGGACUCGCACAAGCAAGUACAGCAGGCUGGAGGUUCAAGCAGGGGAACUUGCCAAAGAAUCAGCCCAGAGAGAGACGGGCAGCCUGGGAGCCGGGAGCGACUGUGCCAGCACCCGAGGAAUGGCCGGAUCCAUCAUCUCCUCCUACACUCUACCUGACAGGGAGUGCACCAACCUGGAGAUCCAGGUGGACAUUGAGACCAAACCCAGCCAUCUCUGCCUGACCAGCGAAGAGGACUUAACCCCGCAUCCGGGCUGUGCUGCCAUGGCGACCGCCUCAGGAGGGGAGGAGCCUCAGGACUGCAGCUCCAGAAGGGGAGGGGCGUUGUCUGGCUCAGCGCUGGGGCUGUCACCGGGAACGUCAAUCAGGGAGGGGCUCAGAGACGUCACCCUGGCUCAGCCGGAGAGCAUCCGCAGCGACCUGGAGAUGUCAGACACUCAGUCAGACGACAUCGCAGAGCUGACGUCGGACGACUGCGACUCUCCUCACCCGAAAAGCUGUCACCCGGCGGCUGGCCAGCAGCCUCAGCCCCCCUCGUGCCGAGCUGUGAACCCCUCCACCGAAGGCCUUCACUGUCCUGCAGACAGCAACGUCAUCCUCUACGUCUGAGAGAAAAGCAGCUCUCAGGAUUGCACAGAAACAACCCCGAACAUUUACAUUUAAACUUGUCACAGCUUUUUUUUUUUUCCUCGUGUCAUCUCUCGUUUGCUGCUUUUGCGACUCACAGACACCGUCUUAAACACAGACAGCAUCUGUUUACGUUGGUCUGUCUGUCUUCUCUUUCUACCUGCCAAUCUACUCUCUGAGCAAAUUGUCAGGGUUCUACCUCUGAGAUUUAUAAGAUGAUGAUUUAUGUUUACUCCUUGGUGCAAAAUGCCUUGGCUACUUAAGCAAAAAAAAGAAAAAAAGAAAAAAAAAGAGAGAGCAAGAAAAAAAAACAAGAGGUACAAAUUUUCCAAGGGAACUGAAAUUAUGAAAUACGGUGAAACGUCACCAAGCACAGCAGAGAGAUGGUGAUUGCUGGGAAAGCAGAGGAUGCUUGCCGAGGAUGAGGAGGGUGUUUUUAAAAACGUGUGAAUGAAUGUGGACUUCGUACUCAGUUAUUGUGGCUUUAUUUUGACAGUUUUCCUCUAUUUAUAUUCGGACGACCUUGAAAUUGUAUUAUUUGCAGUGUGCAUGAGUCUGCAUGAGCCAUUCCUUGUGUGGACGGUUGUAAAAGGGCGGCAAGUUUCUGUUACACUUGUAAAAGUUAAAGUUUACUU